CGCGCCUAAUCCAGCCUAGUCAUGGCGUAAGACGAAAAGUGGCGUACGUUCUCUUGUCUGGCCGAAAUCGAAAACCGUUAAUUAACGAGAACGUUAUUUUCGGCAAUCAGUGUUCGACACAGGGGAACGAGAAUUAGCCAAUGCGACCGUGACCAUCGGUUGCCUGCUGCAUCAUAGAAUGCAGAUUUAUUGCGAACGACACGUUAUCGGCGUCCUGUACCGGCAUAAAUUUGCGGAAGGAAGUACACCGUGUAACGGAACGCAUUCACCGAUAACGAACCGGGACGAAUUCGGCGGUUAUACAAGACGUCUCGACGGUGGUCAGAACCGCGCACGAAUCGAGCCUGAUGUCCAUAUGGUCGACAAGCACUGGACGCAAUUCAGUGUUUGGCGCGGAAGGCGGAGCGGUACUCCCCUCCUCCCAGCUGCCGAUCCACGUACACGUGGCGCGAACACAUCUGCGCAACGUUGACGGCCACUGCUUCCACAAGCGAUUUCACGACUGUCAGUCGAAGAUGUCGCAGUCGGGAGAUGGCCUUCAUACCCCGGGUUAUCUCUCCUGGAGGAAACUGCAGCUCAGCCGGGCGAAACUCAAGGCGUCGAGCAAAACGUCUGCUCUACUUUCUGGUUUCGCCAUGGUUGCCAUGGUUGAGGUUCAAUUGAACUCCGACACGAAAGUUCCAUCGGAGAUGUUGAUCGCGUUCGCCGUAUGUACAACGCUGCUGGUGGCGGUUCACAUGCUGGCCCUGAUGAUAUCCACGUGUAUUCUACCGAACAUAGAGGCCGUAUGCAAUCUCCAUAGUAUCAGCCUGGUGCACGAGUCUCCCCACGAACGUUUGCAUUGGUACAUCGAGGUAGCGUGGGCGUUCUCCACGCUACUGGGUCUGCUGCUGUUCCUCCUGGAGAUCGCCAUACUCUGCUGGGUCAAGUUCUACGACUUCUCUCAAGUGGCCGCUUGGUCCGCUUGCAUAGUGCUGAUACCAGUGUUGAUAAUAUUCCUCGCGUUCGCGAUCCACUUCUACCGUAGCCUGGUAGCUCACAAGUACGAGGUAACCGUGUCCGGUAUAAGGGAACUGGAGUUACUUAAAGAACAGAUCGAAUCGACGGACGUCGAGGGUAGGAACGGGGUGAACCUGUUGCAGACAGGCGUGACGCAUGUGGUCUGAACACGGCCCUAAAA